UAAUGAUAAUGUUCUGGGUAGAUGCUUUUUAAAAAUAAUCGAUGAAUAAACGUUUUCUGGAAAUCCAUAAAUUAAAAUGAAUAAAGCAUGAUUAAAUCUGUGAUUAAAUUUCGUCAAAUUCAAAGCAUUCUACCAGAGAUUCUAUUCGAUGCGACUGACUUUGUUUUGCUUACAAGAAAAAACUAACUGAAAAUAAAGGGAAAUUUUUUUGGGGUGGUCAGUUCGAGCUUCGAACUUUGAUUUUGGUGUAUUGACAACAGCCCAAAAUCAAGAACGCCAGGCGAACUUUGUUUUGAUGCGCUGGCGUUCUUAUUUUUGGGUUGUUUUGAUUCUGAGUGAAGGUUAACACUCGCAGUUGGCGGAAAAUGUGUUUUGCGUCUUUCCUGUAAUUUCUUGGUGUAUUUAUCGAAAAAAGGUUCAAAAAGCUCGCAAUGGACACGGUUAUCAUCGAUCUUGAAGACCCGGACCUGGUGCUAGCCCGACAGCUGCAGGAUCGGUUCGAUCGGGAACUAGUCGAGAUUAGUUCCGGCGAAGAGGAUGCAAACAAUCGGUCAGAUUAUCAGCUUGCGGUUGCCUUGCAGAAACGUUACGAUCAGGAAACGGUGGAACUUUCGGAUGGAGAAGACGAUGACGACGUUCUGUUAUCCAACAUUGAGAUUCCCGCUGGACCGUCUGCUGAAACUUCCGUUGCAACUCCUAGUGGUUCUAAGAGACGGCUGGCGGAUGUGAAGCAGGAAGAAGUCUCGUCACCGUCGGAGGAUGCGAAAUGGUUCCGUGCACACCCAGACGAUCUUAAUAGGGAUGAAUAUUUCAUCGAGGAACUGCAGACUUACGUCGAUGCGGAGAACAAUUUUGAGUGGAAGUUUAUCGAUGUCGUUCCGGAUCUGAAAGCAAUGUUUCUGCGGCUGGACGAGUUGGUUUUCCAAUCCCGAUUCAAACCGAAACGUUUUCAGGUGAUGUGGAGCCAAGCCAUGGGAACGGAGUGUACGAACAGGAACCUCAACGAUGCCGAUGGUACCUAUACGAUUGCCCUUAACGAGACGCUACUCACGCUGAGACCACGGAUUGAAAUCAUCAGCAUUUUAUUGCAUGAAAUGAUACACGCCUUCCUGAAGAUGGAAGGCGUCAAAGAAUCAAAUAACGGUCACGGGAGCAACUUUCGCAAGAUAAUGAUCUUCAUCAACAGGAUGCUGCAGACGAACAUAUCCUUUAGUCACAAGCUUACGAACACAGAUAUGCUCUGCCGGACACAAUGGUAUCGAUGUACCGGCAUAUGUCACAACUAUAAACCCUUCCUGGGGAUAGUGCGAUCAGCUGAGGAAGCACCUGGGCUACACAAUGAAUGGUGGCAAUCGCAUGCCGAAAAUUGUGGUGGUACCUUCUAUAAAAUUUAUGAAAUGAGUAAAAUCGAGGACGGAGAUGUCUCUACCCGUUACGCUAUCAAUGUAAAGUAUAUGAAGCCCAAAAGGGAAGAAAUCCGGGGACGUUAUAAAACUCGUUUACCACCGAAGGAGUCGAUCGAUUUGACCAGUGGCCAUCCGGUGGUGAUUCCCGUUGUUCGCGAGACUGUUUCGCUAGACGAUGAUGGGCCCAACUAUGAGGAAACCAAGGCAGCUGAUAAGUUUAUUGAGCAGUUCAAUCGAUCGGUGGCCCUCACUCGUGAUACCUACGAUAUGCAGUGUCCGAUUUGUCAGGAGAAAAUUAAACGGAAGCUGUUCGGCAAUCACAUUGAUGGGUGCCGAGGAAUCGUGCAGAAAGUAAACUUGCGAAUUUCCGGGGCGAAAGUAGUCCAAAAUGGCUAUGAAGAACAUCGAGCAAGCUUGAGGCCGAACCUUAGCCGGCCUGUUAAUCGUACAACGGUCAAAGUUGACAACCGACCUCUCGGUUCUAAUUCCACAAUUGCCGAUUACCAGCGCAUCAAACGACAACGAUUUUUAUAAGAUUUGUUGAUGUGUGUCAAUUGAUUGUAUUUUGUAUGUU